GGGAUACCAGAGUCCACCACUAUGCCUGACGUCACUCUACGAACAAAAUCGUCCACACUGCGGGAUCGGCCCUGGUCUGCUAUCUUUUCUCCAGAGGAACAUUCUGUGAUUGUCCCGUCCAGACGACCUGCCAGUAUUAUGCCCUUCCACGGCAGCAACCUCUCAAAAAGCAUGUCCAUCAACAAUAUUGCAAUGUUUGACGAUGCGCCUCUGAGAAGCAGGUGGUAUCUGUCUCAAUCCACAGACUCCCUCCACAAACCCAUCAAGGUGACCGCGUCCACUGAGUCUCUAGAUGAAGGAACUGAAAUGGUUGACAGCCGGCUGAUGGGAGACUUUGAAACAGAUGCUAAGGAACUGGAGGCUGACUCCUGGAGCCUUACUGUAGAUAAGAAAUAUCUGAAGCAACUCAAAAAGGACGUCAUCAAGAGACAAGAUGUCAUCUAUGAGCUGAUCCAGACGGAGAUGCAUCACCUGCGGACGUUACGGAUCAUGUCUGAUGUGUACAGUAGGGGCCUGCUGACAGAUCUCCAGCUGGAGGGCCAGAUGGUGGAGAAGAUGUUCCCCAUGCUGGAAGAUCUCCUGGAGCUCCAUUCGUUCUUCUUUAGUGCUCUGCUAGAGAGGAAGAAGGAAGGCAAGCUGGAAGAGACGGGUGGAUUUAUAAUCAACAGGAUAGGAGAUGUGCUGGUCAGUCAGUUCUCAGACUCCAAUGCAGAAAGCAUGAAGAAAAUCUAUGGCAGAUUUUGCAGUCGACACAGUGAAGCAGUGAACUUUUACAAGGAGCUGCAUGCCAGAGACAAACACUUCCAGGCAUUCAUCAGGAAAAAAAUGAGCAGCAGUGUUGUCCGGCGUCUGGGCAUCCCAGAGUGCAUAUUACUGGUGACUCAGCGCAUAACAAAGUACCCGGUGCUUUUACAGAGAAUCCUGCAGCACACCAAAGAGACAGAGAAGGAUUUUGAGGACUUGACGCAGGCACUACAGCUGUUGAAAGAUAUCAUUGCUUCAGUGGAUAAUAAAGUGAACGAGCAUGAGAAAAAGAAAAGGCUGAAAGAGAUCUACGGUCGUAUGGACAGCAAGUCCAUCACGCGGAUGAAGAGUGGCCAGAUGUUCGCCCGAGAGGAUCUGCUGCGCAGUCGCAGGCUUCUCCAUGACGGUCCUCUGCAGCUGAAGAACACUGCAGGGAGACUGAAGGAUGUCCAUGCACUUCUUCUUUCUGAUAUCUUUUUGUUCCUCCAAGAAAAAGACCAGAAAUAUGUUUUUGCAUCUUUGGACCAGCGAGCCACCGUUAUCUCCCUGCAGAAGCUGAUCGUGCGAGAGGUAGCCCACGAGGAGCGCGGCCUCUUCCUCAUCACCGCCGGCAUCGCAAACCCUGAGAUGGUGGAGGUACACGCCAGUUCCCGAGAGGAGCGCAACACCUGGAUGCAGCUCAUUCAGGACGCCAUGCACUCAAUAGAAAAGGAUGAUGAUGAGGGGAUCCCGAGUGAAACAGAAGAAGACAGGAAGCUACUUGAAACAAAAACAAAAGAAAUGAGAGACAUGCUCCAGAGGAAAGAUGAACAGAUCGUAUCACUACUGCUGGAGAAGAUGAAGCUUUUCCGUGAAAUGUGCGGCUCGUCCGACGACACCGCUUCAGCGGUCAAAAUGUUCUUCAGGGCCAACAACGAGGACGUCCCCAAGGGGGAACCCGUCAUGAUGGACGCUCUCAGAGAGGUGGAGAUGUUGCAGGCACUGGUGAACAGCAUUCUGGGAGGGGCGGUGGGACAGCAGGUUGCCUGUGCACCGGGGAACAUGGGACCCGUGUGUCUGCCACGCAGAGCCGAGACCUUCGGAGGGUUUGACAGCCACCAGAUGAACAUCUGCAAACAUGGUGACAAAGAGGAAGCUGAAGAUCUUCGGAGGACAGAAUCUGACAGCGUUCUGAAGAAGGGAGGAAACGCCAACCUGCAGCUCCUGCUGAAGAGAAACAGCGAGCAGAUCCUGACUAGUGUCACUCACCUUCAUGACCUCCUGAGCUUACUUCAGGCCGUAGUGCUGCAGCAGGACACUUUUAUCGAGGACCAGCGUCAGGCUCUGAGCGAGCGCACCCCGUCCCGCUCCUCCUCUCGUCCCCCAUCGCUGGUGGAGCAGGAGAAACAGCGCAGCUUAGAGCGGCACCGACAGGAGGCCACGGCUCUGCAGCGCCAGCAGGCCGCCCACGCUGAAGAGAAGCGGCGCAAGGAAAAAGAGUGGGAUGUGAAGGAGCAGGAGCUGACGGAUCGCGAGGUGCUGCUGCACGUGAAGGAGGAGGAGAUGCACAGGAGGAACAAGGAGCUGGAGGAGGCGCAGCAGGAGCUGCUGGGGAGGAAGGAGGACUAUCAGAGGGAUCUAGAGAGAUUGAGGGAUGCUCAGAGGAGGCUGGAGAGGGACAGGGAGCAGCUACAGAGGGAGGUGGAGAGAGUGGAGCACCUCCGCGAGGUGGAGGCUCGGCUUCAGCGCACGCCCUCCAGCACAUCAGAGGACUCCCUGAAGCUCCAGAGCAGCAGCUCCAUCGAGCGAGAGAUCGGGGAGGGCGACUUAUCGUCCAGCCCCAGGAAGAACUCUCUGUCCAGGAUGGACUCCAAACAGAAGGGCCGCAGCCUCUUCUCCCUGGGCAGCAAAGCUCAGAGCUUAGAAGGACAAAACCCGAUCCCCACACGACUGCUUCAGCUGGCUUCAUCCAAGGAGAAGAAGGACAAAAAGAAGAAGAAGAGUAAGAGCCAGCCUCCUCAGGAUGCAGCAUCACAUCUGCUGCCCCUGACAGAGCCUUCAAUGGACGGAGAGAUCUUCUUCUGCUGAUUUACCCAUCAGCCCUUCUGUCCACAUCAUUCCCUCUCAUGGACUCUAUUAAAUCAUGUAGGAAGACACCCAAAGUGCCCUCUUCACAUUUUUUUGGCAAUCUUUCUACAAUAUAAUAAAUCUCACAAAACAUGUCCUAGUCGCAUCACACCCCAAAACCAAAAGAAAAAUGAACAAAAUAUAUUUUGCCAAACCCAAAUUAAUAUAAUCAGACUCUAGACAAACUUUCUACAAUAUAAUCAUUCUCACAAAACAUGUUCAAACUCAAAUGAGAAAUAUUCUAGAAUUGUUUUUAUUUUUUAUUACAUUAUUUUAAUAACAAUUUAGUCCCCAAAUUCUCAUUACCGUAUGUAUAAAUAGUAGAAAUAUUAUUUUAAUUGUAAAGUAUUUAUAAACUAAGGUAAAUCUUUUUCUGCAUUUAAAUAGUGUUUUAUUACAGUAGUUUUUUGCUGUAAUAAAGAUUUCCCCAUCACAGUAAUGAGAAUAACCAUUGGGAAAAAUAAUUAGUAAUUAUCACCCCUAUUCUAUUUUAGUUCCUCGAAGGAGUCCCGUCUUAGAAAUGCCACGAGCACUUUAACACCAUUCACAUGUUACCCUUGCCCCGGAAAAUGACAAAUCAAUUUUUCAUUUGCAUUCCAAAGAUAAAGCCCUAAGGACAGUUUUUGGGGCAAUUGUAUAACAUACCAUGGCAUUUCAUGCUAGUUUGAGAUUUUCAUCCUUCUGCGUUGAAUUCUUCAUGACUUUAUCAGGACAGAUAAGCUGUAAAUACUGUAUGAACUGUAGACCCCCUGAGGGAUAUUUAAAGCAACCUGCUGGACAGGUAAAAGAGAGAAACAUUCACGCAGGAUAGUGUACCUCACCUAUACAUCCACCAUUAUGGAUCAAAUGCACCAUAUUAUAUCUAAAUAUCAAUAAUGCAAUUAACACCGUUUUUGCACUCAGAGUGUCUUUUUUGCACUCAUCACGUGUGAAUAUUCACCUUGCAAUCCUACAGGAAUUUGUUCAGCUAGACGGUCUGUUGGCCUGUUUUAUUUAUUGUUCAAUGAGAUUUUUUUUUUUUUUUAAUGCAGUACAUGCUCUCAAAGUCCCAUUUGCGCAGGCUUGCGUUGCAGCUUUGACCUGCGCUGACUUAAUUCUUCCAUGAGGGGGCAGCAGAGAAGCGUUUUAUAAUUGAAGGCUCCUCUGUGGAUUUACAUAACCUCUCAGUGAUGAUGUCAGAGGAGACACAGUGAAGCAGUGCAGGAAUUUUUAUUUCUUCAUAUGUACAAAGAGAAUCAUUGGUUCAUCAUUUAAGGAAAACGGUGCCUAUGGCCUUACAGAACUGUCAGCGACACUUGUCCUCAGGAACAAACAGGGAAAACUCAGUCCAGACGGGAUACGUAUUGUUGCCGUCUCUCAUGCGUAAGUGUAAACUUAAGUUGCUUAGCCUUAAAGAAAUGAUGGUGUGCACUAAAAUACAACCCAGCAUUUUCUCAGGAGAAUAGGUUAGUUUUUUCAUCUUUGUUUUGAAAGGAAGGUUUCAUUUGUACAUUGAGGUACAUCCGUUUUCUUGCAGAAAAAAGGAAGAAUGAAUAUUAUGUAAAUAUUUUAAUAAAUGUUUAAAUGUAAAAUUCUGACAAUGUUGUUUAAUUUGUGAUUAAUUUUGUAAAAUGUGUUUUGUGAGACGUAAGGCUUUAUUUAUCAGUGAUCCCCUUAAGAAGACAAUAUUUCCUCACAUUAAAAGCUGUUGCAAUUUU